ACAUGAAGAUUGAGAAGUCAGAUGAAAAUUGAGGAGGAGAUCUAUCAGAUGGAGAUCGAGGAGCAGAAGAACCAUCAGAUGAAGGUGGAGAACCCUGACAUGAAGAACCAUAUGAUUAAGAAUGAGGAGAACCAUGUGAAGCUGGAGGAGAAUGAUGUAGCUAAAGUUGAGGAGCACCAGGAGAAAUUCCAGGACCAAGAACCGGACCAUCUGAACACCACAAACCAGACCAACCAAGCUGCCUCCUCUGGUCCCAGUGACCUACAGAUGCAUCAGACGAUAUUAAGAAGAGGGCAGGAUCCCCUUCGGUCACUGAAUCGAUGCACAGUGUGCUGCGAUAACUUCCACUGUUACUUUUGUAGAAAGACGUUUUCAGCAUUUUACAAAGUGAAGGACCACAUUGAGAACCAUGAGAGAACUGCUGUGAAAUACGAAGACAUGUCCAUCAUCGAAUGCAACCUGGGCUGCAGAGAAGUGGCGCAUUUUCACUGUUAUCAUUGUAAAACAACAGUACUCACACCAAUGACUUUAAUUAAUCAUUUAGGCCAAUGUAAAAAGACACAGCUGUCUGCAAAGCAGCCUGAAAUGUCAAUGCCCCUGACAUCAACAUCAUCAUGGGCAGUUUCAACGUCUCAGUCAACUGCAACAUCAGCAGCGCAGACGCCCCCGGCAUCGACGCCUCCGGUGCCAACGCCCCCGGCAUCGACGCCUCCGGUGCCAACGCCCCCGGCAUCAGCGCCUCCGGUGCCGACGCCCCCGGCAUCAGCGCCUCCGGUGCCGACGCCCCCGGCAUCAGCGCCUUUGGUGCCGAUGCCCCCGGCAUCAGCGCCCCCGGCAUCAACACCUUCUGUGCCGAAGCCCCCGGCAUCAACGCCUUCGGUGCCGAUGCCCCCGGCAUCAGCGCCCCCGACAUCAACGCCUUCGGUGCCGAUGCCCCCGGCAUCAGCGCCCCCGACAUCAACGCCUCCGGUGCCGACGCCCCCGGCAUCGACGCCCCCGGUAUCAACGCCUCCGGUGCCGACGCCCCCGGCAUCAACGCCUUCGGUGCCGAAACCCCCGGCAUCAAAAUCAGCAGUGCCGACGCCCGUGACAUUAUCAACAGCAGCACCAAGGCCAAUUUGUGUCCACAAGCAAGUGAUGGUGACCUGCAAACAAUGUGGCAUCAAAAUAAAUAAAAACAAGUUACAAGUCCACAUCAAUAGAAACUACAGCGCACUGAAGACGUCAGACAACAAAAACAGGAGGUGCCCCCUCUGCGGCGCUUCUCUCACCCAUCUGGGCAAGCACCUGAAGGGGCUACACAAGGUGUCCAACGCUGAGGAGAAGCACAUACUAGUAAAACUGGGUUCCAGGAGAAUCUCCAUCAGGGAGUGUCCGUGUCCCGUUCCAGGAUGCGCUUAUGCGUCCGGCAAACACCUGGACCGUCACCUGGGCUGCUACCACAGCGAGCUGAGCGAACGGAGCAGGAGCCGGAUGACAGAACGCGCCAGGUUCCUGCUGGCUAUCGACCAGCUGGCUAAACUGCGCGCCACCGACCCCAGCCCGCCCAUGGUGUCCACCCUGGACUUGGAGGACCCUCCCCAAGCGACCAGGGACGAGCCGCUGGCUGAGGACACCACAGAAGAACAAGUGUUGGAUCAUGAGGAAUGCCGGCGCGCCCUGGCCAGGUCCAGGGAGGAGGUGAAUCGCCUGGGGAGGGAAACUGCAGCGCUUAGAGCCAGGGUUAGGCAGCUCAGCCUGGCCCUCACCGCUGCCAAACGGGCGGCUGCCAGCGCCAGAAAGGGCCCAACGCUCCACUCUGUGGAGCUCAGGACGUCGUCGGGCACCGAUGGGGGACAGGGGGGUGAUGCACAGCAGUCCACCUCAGACCCUUCAUCCUCCUCUCCAUCGCCUGUUCUGGCCUCUGCUGACUCCUCUGAUCCCUCUCUCGAGAGCCCAGCCGUAUCUCCCGCCUCCUCUGUGGACGAGGAGGAGGAGGAGGAGGAGGAGGAGAUGCUGCUGAAGUCCCAGAAGACGGAUCGUCCUCACAGGCCCACUGUCACAGGAGACCUUCUGCACCGGCUGGUCCUGCCCCGCUCCGUUGAGACCUGCAUCGACCGCUACAGGAAAUACUUUACCUACAAAUACGGCAGCAGGAAAAUGAACGAGGGGAUCAGCAGACUGAGGAGCUUCCUGCGCUUCAUGGCGGAGGGCCACACGCUCCUCUCCAGCUGGACGUUUCUAUAUAACCCCGGCCGGAUCAACAGAUGGAUAAAGGAGAUGACCACCAGUGGGAAAGAAGUUGCCACUGUGCACGUUUAUGUGCACCAAAUAUCUCAGUUCAUCCGUUACAUUAGGAAGAACCGGCCCAGACACUGCAGGCUGUCCAACAGGCAGACGGCAUGCAUCCUGAAGAUCCUGGAAAAGGCCAAGAAAGACAGCAGACAGGCCUACAUGCUACACCAGAACCAGAGGAGGAGGGCAGAGACGAUGCCAGAGCCGGAGUCCAUCCUGAAAUGCAUCCGCGUGGCACCCGCAUUCAUCGAAGGCACCUUGGACGAGCUGGAGAAGGAUCUCGGUCAGACCACCCUCCGGUACGAGCUGUACGGCUACCUGACGGCGUACUGGGCCUGCACCAGCGGCCACAGGCCAGGAGUUUUUAUCAAUAUGCAGGACAGUGAGGUGGAUGCUGCAGCCAGAAAGCAGACGUCAUGGGGCGUCCUCAUCAGGGUGGCCGAGCAUGAGACCUCCUCCCAGUGCGGGGAGGCCACCCUGGCCCUGACGGAGAGGGAGUUCAGCUGGGUCAGGAGGUUAAGGAACAUGAAGAAGAAGCUUUGUGUGAUGAACAAGUUCCUGCUGUUCACCCUGGGCAAGCUUCCCUUCAGAAACAUAAUCCGGUACCUGAAUGUUGCAUGGAGUAAGAUGGGCCUGGGGGGGACUGUAAACUUCACCUUGAUCCGGACCGCCCUGGCCGACAGCGCCAAGUCCCAGCUGACGGUGGAGGAGAGGACCAAGGUCAGCAGUUUCAUGUGUGACGACACAAAGACUGCCGGCAGGUUCUCCGUCCUCCACCCCAGCCUGCAGGAGGCCAUCAGAAUACGGACCCUGAUGACGGAGGCGCUCUCUAGAGUGGCCUCCCCUGAGCAGCCGUCCACCUCAUCAGCUGCUCGGACAGGAGCAAGAAAGGCCAAGAGGCGGCGAACCGAGGAGGAAUGGUGCAGCUCUGAGACGGAGGAGGAGUCGAAGGAGACGAUGGAGGAGGAGUCAGAGGAGGCGCAGGGAAUGGGGAUGAGGUCGCCCACCAAGCCGCUCAUCAUCCCCUGCUCAGUAAAGAUCAGCCCGUUAAAGAUUGCAGAGCUCCGGCUCUAACGUGAGGCCAGUCCCGCCGCGUUCUAGACAAAAUGGCCGACAACUGAGUUAAGUUCACACGUUUGACGAUGUCAGAGCAAUUUUUAUGUAGAGCGUUCUAAUAGUUCUGUAGUAUUUCAUUGUAGUCAAGGGUUUAAUUUGAAGCUUUGAAAUUU